AUGGCACAUAAUUUUCAAAUAAUAAAAAUUGAUCCUUCGGGAAAUGAGCUUGAUGAAUUUGAAUCUUUAGACUUGACAUUUCUAUCAGAUAGUGCAGCCAGAACAGAUGCAAAUUCAAACCAUUCAAGAGCUCCGUGCAAUCGUAUUUAUCCUUCACCAAUACAUCUAAGUUGUUCAUUAGGCCGAACACCAGGAUCAAAUCCAUAUACACAUUAUCGUCAUUUAAAAGGAUCUUUUGGAUUUUCUAAAAAUCUUCAUACUUUUGCAUUAUAUACAGGCACUAUAGGUGCUCUUUUAAAUAGAAGUAGUACUCAAUCUUGGUAUCAUCCUACAUUAAUUACAGCUGCAAAUUGGUUACGUCAAAAUAACGAUUUAUUUAAAUCUUAUAAUCAUUUUUAUAAUCGUGGAAAUAUUGAAGGUCCUCCAAUAAUAUUAUCAACAGCGAGAUUACUUUCAGCUUCUGAAAAUAAUUCUUUAAUUAAUAUAUUACAACCAAUAGAUUUAGCAUUAAUAAGUGAUGAAUUCCUUGAUAUAUAUAUUUGGAUACUCGAAAAGCAACUGAUUGUUAUGUUUACUGAUGCAGAUCCUGCACUUGAUGCAGCAAUUCCAAUCAUUUUUUCGGAAAAUUUAUCUAAAAACUUGAAAGCAAAAUUGGCUGGUAUCGAAAAUACUUCAAGGGUCAAAG